ACAGACCAAAUAAGAAUUCAGCUUAAUAAUUAGAUUAAUCAACUCAUCAUAUGCAACAAAACAAACACUAGGUGAAAUAGAGGCGAAGCUCAUAGGAAGAAACAACGUCAAGAAACCGAUCUUUGGUUGUCCAUGUCUUGCACAACUUGCCGGAUUCACCAAGCAAUAUGGGAAUUCGACUUGGAAGAAAUCGGAAAUCCUGUAGAAAGUUUACUGCACAAGUAUAAAUACCUUUAUUUCUCAAAGGACUUGUGUGCCAAACGCAUUACUCACCAUCUUGAACAGCAAUAUUAUAUUCACUUGGCAGAAUGGCUGCAAUUCGUGAAAGCAAACUAAUUUUUGUGGCAAUUUUGUUAGUGGGAAUCUGGGCAUCUCAAGCUUGGUCACGUUCGCUCAAGGAUGCAACCAUGACUGAGAAGCACGAAAUGUGGAUGGCUAAAUAUGGACGUGUUUAUAAAGACAGUGCAGAGAUGGAGAGACGCUUUAAUAUAUUCAGCGAGAAUGUGAAGUUCAUCGAGUCCUUCAACAAUGCUGCGAAUAAGCCUUACAAGCUGGACAUCAAUGAAUUUGCAGACCUAACUAAUAAAGAGUUCAGAGCCUCUAGAAAUGGAUACAAAAGGUCUUCCGUUCUUAAAUCAUUAACAACAUCUUCUUUUAGAUAUGAAAAUGUCACUGCAGUGCCAACCUCCAUUGAUUGGAGGAAUAAAGGAGCUGUUACUCCCAUCAAGGACCAAGGCCAAUGUGGAUGUUGCUGGGCAUUUUCUGCUGUGGCAGCCAUGGAAGGCAUAACAAAGCUUUCAACAGGGAAGUUGAUCUCUCUUUCAGAGCAAGAACUAGUUGAUUGUGACACAAAUGGUGAAGAUCAAGGUUGUGAAGGUGGACUUAUGGAUGAUGCAUUUGAAUUCAUAAUACAAAAUGGAGGCCUAACUACUGAAGCCAAUUACCCUUACAAAGGAGAGGAUGGCACUUGCAACACAGGGAAGGCAUCUAAUCAUGCAGCUAAAAUUACUGGGUAUGAAGAUGUGCCUGCCAAUAGCGAAGAGGCACUGAAGAAGGCAGUAGCCAACCAUCCAGUUUCUGUUGCCAUUGAUGCCAGUGGAUCUGCUUUCCAAUUCUACUCAAACGGGGUGUUUACAGGAGACUGUGGAACUGAAUUAGACCAUGGGGUUACUGCAGUGGGGUACGGGACAAGUGAUGAUGGUACAAAAUAUUGGCUAGUGAAGAACUCAUGGGGAAGUUCUUGGGGUGAGGAUGGAUACAUAAGAAUGGAAAGAGACAUUGAUGCUAAGGAAGGCCUUUGUGGAAUAGCCAUGGAGCCUUCAUAUCCAACUGCAUAAAAAUGGCAGCAAAGUAUAAAUUUCUGGACCUUAAGAUUCUAUUCUGCAUAAGUAUAAGCUAUUUGGAGUAUUAUUCUGUAAAAUCAUGUAUUGCACUUGCUUUCAGCUUGUAUGUAUAUAAAGGCUUACUUUGGUAAGGAAAUUGGUGGUGAUUCCUUCUUUCAAUCUUACUUCUACACUUACACUCCAAGGCGCCAAUCAUAAACUUCUAAGUAAAAAUAGCAAAUAGGUUUAUGAUCAUGCUUGGCUUUGUAAGAAAUGCUGAGGGCUAUGUA